GUGACCGUGUGAGACACGAGUCUGCCCCUGUACCAUCGCAGGCGACAAUUGUCAGACAAAGAAAGGGAUAGAAUCAUCCAAAGGAGAAAGUACAGGAAGAAGAAAGAGAAACACGAAGCUGAUCCAACAACAUCUGCCAGUGUGUAGUUGGUCUGUGUGUUUGUGUGUGAGUGCGCGGGGUGAGACACUGUCGUGUUUCACUACAGUCAGCGUGUGCCAGCGAGCCAGCGGCGGAGAUGUCGGAUGACGACUCGAGGGCCAGCACCAGCUCCUCCUCGUCUUCUUCCAGUUCUUCGCAACCAGGCGAGAAAGGGACCGACAGCAGCAGCAACAACAACAACAGCAGCAGCAGCAGCAGCGGCGGCGGCACCACUAUCACCGGUAGCAGCAACCACAACAACAACAACAACAGCGGCGGCGGUGGAGGCAACAAGAGGAAAAGAGAAGCGAAGAACAGCACCAUGAGCAAGAACCCCAAGCUGCUCACCACUAGCGCCAAGAGGAUCCAGAAGGAGCUGGCCGAUAUCACGUUGGAUCCACCGCCGAACUGCAGUGCUGGUCCAAAAGGUGAUAAUGUCUAUGAAUGGAGAUCAACAAUCCUGGGCCCCCCUGGAUCAGUAUACGAAGGUGGCGUCUUCUUCCUUGACAUCGUUUUCUCAGCAGAAUAUCCUUUUAAACCACCCAAGGUCACUUUCCGGACGAGAAUUUACCAUUGCAACAUCAACAGCCAAGGAGUGAUCUGUCUGGAUAUCCUGAAGGAUAACUGGAGCCCAGCAUUAACAGUCUCUAAGGUUCUGCUGUCAAUUUGUUCACUUCUAACAGACUGCAACCCUGCGGAUCCUUUGGUUGGGAGCAUAGCCACACAGUAUAUGACUAACAGGGCUGAACAUGACAGAAUAGCAAGACAGUGGACCAAGAAAUAUGCCACAUAAACUGGAUGGUCAUCAGUCCUACCGACAUUUGUCUCUGAUGGAAAUGAGCUGCUCCUCAUUGGAAUGAAAAUGGGAAGGGGUUAAGGGUGAAGGGGUGGGGGAGGGGAAUGGGACAAGCAUUCCUAUUACAGGUUUUAAAUGCAACUGUCUUUUAUUUGCAUAAGUCUAGUCAGAACUCUUGAUGAGCUUUGUUAUUGUAGCUUAAACAAUAAACUAUUGAUAUGAAUAGAUAGGAAAUUCACAUGGAAAAGUUUGAAGAUUAUGACAUGAUGUGUCAUGCAAGACCCAGAUUUGUUACUGAAAUAUUAAGUGAUACCUCUUUACUGGUAUGAGUUUUAUUUGUUUGUGUCCACUGUGUUUGGUCAGAGUUUGAAAAUGCUUAACAAUCAAAAAGCAGGAAUUAAAACUGAAUGGAAACGUAACCAUGUUUAAGACCCAAAUAGAAUAAUGGUCAGAUAUAUAUGGAAUUGUCUGCAUUCAGGGAAUAAGAAAUGAAUUGGCAGAAUAUUUGCAGUUUGUGGGAACUGGUUUUAAUUUGCAGGAAACUUGGGAGAAAUAAGUAAAUCCAAAAUCCUUUCAAGUAACAGAUUUGCCUUAUUUAAACUAAGCAUUACAACAGUUAUAAUAUGGGUUGUUUUGUUUCAAUAUUUUACACGGCUUUGGGCAUUGUUUAAAUUUACAAAAUGUAAUCUUAAAAUUAAUAGAUUAAGGUCUGUGAGUCCAGAAUGGUUUCCAAUUCUACAAAUAUCUGUUUCAAAGCACAGUUAUGUCAAUGAUCAUGCUGUAGUCAGAGUAUUGUAUUAAAAUAUGUAUGGCUGCUUAUUUGAUGCAGAGAGUUCGCAAAAAGAAAAAGCUGCAUCUUAAUUCUAAUUUUGUUUUAAAGACUAUAAGCAAUGUUAGGUCUUCCGAAUGAGUUGUUAGUAAUUGAUAUCCUUUCAAACAACUUAUUGUUACAACUCUAUUGGCCCCAUUCACAUUACAAAAUUAAAGAAUGUUGACCUCUACCAAAGUUGUACAGCCACUGGUCUGUAACCACUGUAACUGCUGAUAUUUUCUUUGGAAAAAUUACAUUGCCAGAUUGUAGGAAAUCGCAUGUUGUAAUUAAAAACACUGAUCAAGAUAUGUUAUUUAAUGAGCAGUCGUUGAAAAUCACAUAAACCCUGCAUUUGAUCCAUAGA